CAUCGGGCAGAGCAUUGGAUUACAGCGGGCAGGGACUGACUCGCGGAGAGAAGAACACGCCCCUUGGCCCCACAAGUGCAACUUCAUUUAGCAGCUCCCAGCAGAAGGAAACUGCGAGUCUGAAACCGGUCGCGGCUCCCCCGGGGCCGGCUUGGCUGCUCGCCAGCGCGGGCAGGGACGGCAGCAGGGUGUUAUCCAGCCGGGAGCCCUUCCCGGGCGGCGGGAGCGCGGAGCUCGGGAUCCGAGGAGCAGCGGGAGCGGCUAAGCUGUUGUCCUGCUGUGCAUGAAGCUUGUUUGAAGUCAUGUCCAGAAGGAAAGUCAACUGAAUCAGUGUUUUGCAGGUGAAUAGAGAUGCAAUGGAGGUAGAGUCCAGCACCUACACCGACUUCAUCUCCUGCGACCGGGCGGGCCGGAGGAACGCUGUCCACGACAUCCAGCGAGAUGCCACCACCAUCAGCAUGCGCAAGCUGACCGAGGAGCUCGGCGACCUCGCCGUGCAGGGAGCAGAAAGCCAAAGAGAUGCCUCCUCUUCUGACAACGACCCUGGAGCAAGACCAAAGGGGCAAGAAAGCAGCCCCUCCCCAUGAGAGCGAACAGGGGGUGGGAUGGGCAGGAGGAAGGCCUUGCUGUGAACAUCAGACAAGAAUUUGCAAUUGAAUCUGCGGACAGAAGCCAACUGGGAACAGCAAGUUGUCCGUCAGAUGCCUCUGCUGCAACCACAUUUCUGAAGAGAGCCACAAGAUGCUGUGCAAGGACUGGCACCUCCAAAAGACUUCUGCCCCCAUCCCUAAUGAUUUAGAGCAACACUGCCGUGGUUGUAGUGACAUGAGCCAUUCUCAAGAUGCCUUAGCUGUGAUUUUCCCUUAGGGGGAAAACAGUUUCAGUAAUAAUAGACACAUCAGACUCUCCUGUCCAAGGUACCUUCCUCCUUUGCAAAUUUAGACUAUUAUUUAUUCUGUUUCCAUAGAUUAGAAGUUCAGCUUAUUGGUUUUUCUAAGCCUCACCUUGAUCUGCAUCUUAGAUCUGACCUGGCCUCUGGACUGUCCACGUGGCCCCUCGUCAGGGUGGGCAGUGGGGAGGGGACCUGACCAGUCCCACUGCCCUCAUGUCAACACCACUUACCUGUGCUGCUGCUGCUUAGCAUCAGGAAAGGACCAAAGCACAGCUCUGUGGGGAUGAGCCCCACCUGGAGACCCAGCAGCACCAGCCACAGGCACCUUUUCAUUUGGGUGUCAGCAUUUUAAGACGUUAAGGGGAGGGGAAAAACAAUUUGCUGGUUUGACUGUUGAAAUUCAGGCUUAACUUUGCAAGCUGUUAGCUGAGAUGAUCUCUGGUAGGAUCUCACACCAUUCUCUCUUUUAGGAGACAUGUUUUGUGUUAAAGAUGGUUUGAUAAAACUAUAUAAGCUGUUGGAAUAAAUAACACAACCUUCAAGUACUGAAGGUGUUUUUUUCUGCCUCA